AAGAAAACUAGUGAAGCUGAACGCACUAUCAAAAUUGGGAGGUAAUAAAGAGGGCCACGGUGCGCAUGAAAUUUUCAUUUGUGGUGUUAGCUGUUGCCCAGCGACCGCCCCAAACGAAGGCUAUAUUUUGAAGCACCGCCAGUCCACGUGAGGUCGCGGGGCGCAGACCGCGCGCCACAAUUAUCAUGUCAAAUUGUUUGAUGCAUUCCAAUUUAAUUCGUUACGUGUCAACGUAAUUCGUUACCUUUGAAUGAUGAUUGAUGAUGUCUUAAUAAAAUAUUUUGAAAGGGUCAUUAAGUGUGUGUAAACUGUUAGUAGGCGAGUGCGAGUGUAGUGCAGUGGCUGGGAGUGACCAGGAGUGGAACAACAGAUGAUGCCAUGACGCAGACCAACGUGACGACGCCGGAGGGCCGCGGCGGGGUUCCCACCGCCACUGAGGAGAAGCUGAUGGUGGCGGUACGCGUGCGACCGCUGCGCCCAGAUGAAGGUCCCCGCAUCGUUCACGUGGUCAGCGAUAAGAUGUUGGUGUUGGAAGAAGAGUCGGACAGCCGGCGAGAUGUCCUCCGCCAACGACGAGUCAACGACAAGCAUUACGUCUACGACAGAGUUUUCAGUGAAGGCAGCACACAAGAGGAAGUGUACGAGGCAGUAUGCGCUCCACUAGUAGGCGGCGCGUUGCAAGGGUUCGCGGGUGCAGUGUUCGCGUACGGCGCGACCGGCGCGGGCAAGACGCACACCAUGACCGGGCUCAUGUCGCGCGCGCUCUCGCACCUCUUUACCAGCAUCGCGAAUAGCGACCAGCCCUCGGCCUAUGAGGUAAAGAUGUCAUACAUCGAGAUUUACAACGAGAACAUUCGUGACCUGCUGAACCCCGGGGCAGGGCCGCUUGAACUGCGCGACGAGGGCGGCAGCGGCGCGCCCGUGGUAGCGGGGUUGAGCGAGGUCCGCGCCACCAGCGCCGGACACGUCGCCGAGCUCCUAGCGCGCGGCGAUCGGGCACGCACAGCUGAGGCAACGCACGCCAAUGAACAUUCUUCCCGGGGACAUGCGCUCCUUAGUGUUACAGUCAGUAGUGCCGUGUCAGGCGGCGUGCAGCGUGGCCGCCUGUUCCUGAUCGAUCUGGCGGGCUCUGAGCGCGCUGGGUUGCGAGCGCGGCGUCUUGAAGGCGCGCAUAUCAACCGGUCGCUGUUAGCGCUUGCCAACUGUAUCAUGGCGCUAUCGGGCGGAGCCAGAUACGUGAACUACCGUGACUCGAAGCUGACGCGGUUGUUACGCGAGGUGCUAGGCGGGCGUUGCCGCACCGCAAUGGUGGCGCAUGUUGCCCCCGGCGGCGCGCACCGCGAGACCACGCGCUCAACACUACAUUACGCGCAGCGCGCCUCCUCCAUCACCAACAGGGUGGAAAGAGAGUUGGUAGCGACGCCCAUGCACUUGUCCCAGUACCGGUCUGUCAUCAACGACCUGCGCGAUGAGAUCGCCCGGCUGAAGCUCAAGAUGAAAGAUGACCGCACAAGCACGAGAACAAUAGAAGAACAGCAGCAGAUCGCGGCAGAAGUGAUCCAGCAGGAGACUGAAGAGAGCGCCGCCCACCUGAAGUCCCUGCGCGAAGCCAUCGUCUCCACGUUCAAGCAGCAGAUGCGGCUGCGGCGGCGACUCAUGGAGCUCGACAGCCAUCUUCUGGGGUUAGCGUUGGAUGCGGAGAGACAGCAUGCCGCGAUAUCGCAUUGGGAGGCGCGAUUCAACCGCCUUUAUAAGCCCAUCAACAUGCCCAGCUCAAGACUCAGCACACAUCAGAGUUACAGAGGCGGCACGGGCUCGAGCAGUAGCACUAGCAGCACGGCACUAGCGGGCAACGAGCGCGCGGAGGCCGAGGUGGCCGUGGAGCAGGCGUGGGCGGAGCUGGCCGCCGUGGAGCGCGAGCAGGAGACGGCGCGCAGCGAGCGCGCGCGCGUCGAGCGGCAGCUGGAGCAAGUGCGCCUGCGCGGCGCGCAACUCGAACAGGAGCUGCCCGCGCGCAUCAGUAGCGGUCCGGAGCGCGAAGUCCUAGCCCUUGUGUGCCGCGUGCACGAACUGGAAGCCGACAAACUAGCGCUGCAGGGCGAGCGCGCCGCCCGGGCCCACGAGCUGAGGAGGAGAGACCUCGCGCUGCAGAGGAGAGACGCGCAGCGGAGACUCUCCGACGAGAUCAUCACCCGCCAGCGGCGAGCUCUCGAAGAGAUGGGUAUAGCGGUCCCACCAGAGUUGGGGCAAUUGUACGAGCUGUACCAGCAAGAAAUCCACGCCUCCACCUACACGGAGACCAAUGAUGUCUAUGCGCAGCAUCGGUUGCCGCCUAUCUCUACUAGCAUGUCGGAGCUGGCGUGGUCGGAGAGCUCCUCGGGCUCGAGCUCGGGCUCGGGCGGAGCGGGCGCGCUGGCGCUCGACCGUCGCCUGCCGCGCCUAGUGCCCACGCCGCGCCCCAGGACCCGGUACAGCCAAGCGAGUGCGGUGACCAUGAAGCGGUAUUCCAGCGACGACAGUCUCGUGAUGGUGGCUCCCCGCGCCGCGGACGCGGCGCCCUGACUCUUAAAGUAACUUCUGCAGAUUUCAAACGGUUUUCGAGUUCCGAGACACCAUACAUGUGUUAUGACAAAUAGUUCGAUUGUAUCGAUCCAUUAAUCGAUUUUAUCGAUACCAAAUUUAGAAAUCAUCACGCCUCAGCAAAUUAUAUAUUAGGGGAUUAUUGAGAUGCUCGGUAUUUUUUUGAGAUAUGAAUUUAAAUUGAGCGAGCAUGAAUAUUGUAUUUAUUGGGCAAUAUCUGCCAUUUGCAGUGAGGGUUUUCCGACAGGGUUUCUUGCACUAGGUGUCCGUAUAUGAAUCGACAGAGAUAUUUAAAAUUCGUUUACUUACGUCUACCCUUAGCAAACGGCUUAGCUUACCAAACGGAGUAGCCAUUAACAGGCGUUCCCCUCUGUCAAUAAAAGGCGGCCAAUGGCCAUACACAAUGUGUGAACUGACGUGAGUGACGUGUACAUGGCUAUUCUUACGUUACGUAUACAUUUGACGUGCCCCUCCCCCGCAAAAAUCGGCAGACUGUUUUGUACAUAUAAUUACAGACAAGGCGUCACCGUUUGGUUAUAUCCUCUAAUCUCCUAAGUGUCUACCUGUUAAUAAACUUGUGUGCUUUAUUAAUAAAGCUGGAAAUAUUGGAAAUAAAUAGAUUUCGAUCUUUGGAUUUGGCAGUAACACCCUGGAUACCUAUCAAAGCUCCUGUGCUAAAACCCUCGUUGUUUAGAUCGAAUUGUAUUUUCCGUCCAGGUGUAUCGUGAAUGUGAUAUGAUAUAAGAUCGACAGUAUUCUUAAAUUAAGGCGUUAGUUAAUGUUCUAUACGGAUAAGAUGAUCGAAACUUGUCUGCGUGACAGCGUGAUAGAGACAGUGUCUAUGUCUUUCAAUCACAUGGGGUUAAAAAGUCACGUUUAUUUUAUAAGGUGGACAACGUCAUUUAAUUCAUUUAUCAUACGCCUGCUGGUCGUAUUACACUGUUAGUUUAAAAUGAUAUAAAUAUUUGAUUACUACUUAACUAUGCAAACAGUCGUGCUCCAUUGCUGGCAAAUAUUGAACGUCGGCGUCAGCCGAAAUGUGUCACUUAGUUAAAUAUUUUAUUUUCUUAUUCUGGAUUUAUUUCGUGGGAAUUAAUUUCUAUUUGUAUAUGAGGCUAGUAAUGCUGUGACUCACUGUCUUCUUAAAAACAUAUACCUACUUAAUGCCCUUGUGACACGUAACGAGUAGGUAUAGAUAGAGUGAGACUUGAUCUCAAGAGAUACCCUGGCCCCACAGGCAGUAUUUGAGGGCCUACUACCGCAGAAAAUGAAACACAUUCGUGCAAUAGAGGCAGAUAACGGAAUUUCGAUUUUCGUUUUUCGCGGUAGGCCCUCAGGUUCGGAUUUAGUAAUGAAAAGGAACUACUGGAGUGAUCAAACGCUCUAAAUGCGUUUUCUGAUAUUGGAAUAGACCUGCUGGCCAAACUCUUAGCAAUGGGUUUACAUUUAUACCUCUGUCAAGCCAUUUCCGUCAGUAGCAAAAAGCGGUAAAUAAAAAAAAAAUGGCGCGAAGGGUUAUCGUCCCAUAGAAAAUUUGAAUUUCGCGCCUUUUUCUACUGACAAGGUUGUUCGACUAAUUAUAAGUCUAUACUAAUUUUUCACAUUACUUACUAAGAUAUUAAGUCCAAUAUCGUUCGAGAAAAUAUGGGCCUCAGGCACUUUGCCAAAUCCCUGUCACACUUCUAAAGCUAAUGUCAUACCACCUGACGGUGGUAACCUAGCCUAACGGCUAUUUGCGCUCAAAUCCAAUGUCGCACGUAUUUAAGCGGAAAGUCCGCUGCUAUGGUUUUAAUUCCACAAUACAGCGAAAUGAACGACCUAACGAGUACACGUAUUUUGUACUUACUUCAAAUGUGCCCCUUGGUUGUACUCGUUACAUGUGCAAAACCUGAUGAUAGGCAUUACAAUAAAAUCACGAAAUUUCUGGAUUAAUAAAGUCUAAAACUGCAUAAAUGUAUGUAUACACGCUAUUUAUUAAAUUUCUAACAAUAAUUUACAAUAAAACAGUUGGUAUUUAACUGUUGUGAAAGUUUGUGUGUAAAUUAACAUGCGUAUUUUCUGGUACAAGCUUUACGAUGGGUAGGACGGACCGUGAGCCUUGGAAGGUUAAUGCGUUUUUUUGUAAACUGUACCAAACUAAAUACAAGGGGGGCUUUACUUAAAGGUUUUUACCUAUACCUACCUUCCAUAUUACACAUAUAAGCUGUAGUAGGUAUUUACGUUACAGUUAUUCCUAUUUAUUUGUUGAGUACGCAGGUAACACAGUAUUUUGCCGUGUUUAUUUUAAU